AUCCCGCUUGCCCCUCUUCCAGGCCGGGUGUACUACUUCAAUCACAUCACUAACGCCAGCCAGUGGGAGCGGCCAAGUGGCAACAGCAGUGGCGGCGGCAAAAACGGCCAAGGGGAGCCCACCAGGGUCCGCUGCUCACACCUGCUAGUCAAGCACAGCCAGUCAAGGCGGCCCUCGUCCUGGCGACAGGAGAAGAUCACCCGGACCAAGGAGGAGGCCCUGGAGCUGAUCAACGGCUACAUCCAGAAGAUCAAGUCGGGAGAAGAGGACUUUGAGUCUCUGGCCUCACAGUUCAGCGACUGCAGCUCCGCCAAGGCCAGGGGAGACCUGGGUGCCUUCAGCAGAGGUCAGAUGCAGAAGCCAUUUGAAGAUGCCUCUUUUGCGCUGCGGACGGGGGAGAUGAGUGGGCCCGUGUUCACAGAUUCCGGCAUCCACAUCAUCCUGCGCACGGAGUGAGGGGCGUGGGUGCCUGGCCCUGGCCUCCGGGGUGGGAUGGGGCGGGACAGGGUGGCUGGGCCCGCAGAUUCUGCUCCCUGCUGCCGGCAGGCCAGUGGGUACCCCUCCCUGCUGAUGUCACACGGUAUUUAUUGAUCCCAAAAUGGCUGGGAGGGGGGCUUUUCAUCACUGGGGGCUCCCUGUCCGCCCUGGUCAGGGCUGUCCCCGCCAGACUGCCCUCCCCUUUAGGAGCUGACUUUGGAAGGGCAGCAGGCUAGAGAGGCUCCCAGACUCAGGGGGUGGGGGUGACCUGUCCCAAAGAGAAGGCCUAGUUAGCUGAGCCAUCCCCUGUAGCCCCCCAGGUCCACGCUGGGGGCAGGAGGGCCUUGAGUUGUUUCUGAUAUGCCAUGUUCCUCUAUUCAAUCGCAAAAUGCAAACACUCCGCGUGGGGCCCAGGCUGCCGGCCGCUUUGGGCCCUCUCAGCGGCAGUGCAGCACCCUCCCCACCCUCGAUUAAAUCUGGAACCACUGC